GCGCGGCCGCGAAGGUGACCCGCCUGGCGGGAGGAGCUUGUUUGCCAACCAUGCCCGGGCUGCAGAAAGCCAGGGCUCUCAUGGCUUCGCCAGUAGGUUCCUUCUGUCGGCUUUUUUUCUCGCAGAUAAGAAGCUGCUCAGCAAUUUCAGUCUCAUCCGCCAAGCCAGUGAUUGCAGCCAAAGAACCUUUUCCAGUGGACUUAAUAGCAGAGAAACGCUACGCCUGGUGUGCUUGUGGACAUAGCCAAAAGCAGCCCUUCUGUGACGGAACCCAUAAGAAAAGUGCCCCAGAAAUGUCUCCCCUGAGAUUCACAGCUGGAGAAUCAAAAAAGGCCUGGUUAUGUGGGUGUAAAUAUACCAAGAACCCUCCCUACUGUGAUGGUACCCAUAAAAAAGAUUUUGUGCAAAAGACUGACCUUCAUUCUCAGCCACAGGUAUAAUGGAAGACCAUUGUGGAAAUGAAAGAAGUGACAGAACUCAUCAGGAAAUCAGACCUGGGGUUAAUGCUUCAGGACAUCCUACUGUGCAAACCUUAUUAAAGUUAAUGGGAGCCCAUG